AUGGCGGCACUUCCGCCGUCUCAAUUUGGACGUGAAUCGGCGCAAAUCUCCGAAUCUGGCCCCUCUCAGAUGGAAUUCCUGUCCGCUGAAAGUGGCGCCGCUAUCGAAAAUACUGACACCGCAGAAAGGAACUUCGUUCCCCGCCCCAAGCGCAUCGCGUGUGUGGUCUGUCGGAGGAGGAAAUUACGAUGUGAUGGGAGACGACCGAGCUGCGGAACCUGUUCACGUUUGGGACAUGAAUGCUCUUACGAUGAAGUGCGCAAGAAGAGUGGCCCAAAGCGGGGAUAUGUCAAGCAGCUCGAAGCUCGAUUAGCUCAAGUAGAGACUCUUCUCAAAACCCAGGAUUCGGAACCGACCCAGCGAAUCUCCCCGACGCAACCACCAGAGAAUACAUUCUCAGCGCCUAUCCCCGAUGAGCCCAUAUUGUCUCUGCCUGACCUCCCAGACCUUGGAGGCAUUGGUGGUGAUAUGGAGAAUUCUUUCUCAGCUUCGACCGUCCCAGGCGUAGCUCAGCCAGGUGGAAUGCCAUACCAUCCACCCCAUGCGACUCAGUGGGACUUGAUCAGUUUAGGAUUGGAAGAGCCCCUUCCUUCACAGGAUGUGAUCGAUGAAUUGGAUGCUCUAUUUUUCGAGAAAAUAUAUCCAAUGAUGCCCAUUAUCCAUCGUCCUCGUUACUUUGCAGCUCUAAACCUUCCCCCUCAUAUGCGACCGCCGAUAUGCCUGCGAUACAUUAUGUGGUGUCAUGCCGCGUCUGUCAGUAAGAAAUACUUCUUUCUACAUAAUCAUUUCUAUCUGCGAGCACGCAAGUAUGCGGAGAUGGACGAGAUGAAAGGGUUCGGAGAGAGCAUCGUCAGCAUCGCACAUUGCCAAACGUGGAUACUUAUCGGCACAUACGAAUUCCGCAUGAUUUUCUUCCCACGAGCCUGGCUGAGCGUUGGCAAAGCUGCAAGGUUAGCACUAAUGCUUGGGUUGAAUCGGCUUGAUGGUGUUGGUCUCGACGUCAAGCAAUCCAUCUUACCACCAAAAGAUUGGACUGAACGCGAGGAACGCAGGAGAGUUUUCUGGGGCGCAUUUGCUACAGAUCGAUAUGCCAGUGUUGGAACCGGUUGGCCCAUUCUCAUCGAAGAGAAAGAUAUCAUGACGAACCUCCCCGCGUCCGAGGAGUCUUUUACAAAUGGCAAGCCACAACGAACACUUCGUCUGGCUGACAUUAUUAUAGGCGACGGUGUCGCAACAUUAGCACCGUUUGCAUGCGUAGUGGUUGUGACGAGUCUCUUUGGCCGUAACCUCGUUCAUAUACACCGGCCUCAUCCUGGUGAUAACGAUCACGACCUUAAUGGAGAGUUUUGGAAACGACACAGGAGCCAUGAUAAUAUUCUUUUGCAUAUCUCUCUCGCGUUGCCCGAUCAUCUUAGGCUGCCAAGUGGCAUGUCGGAUGUGAACGUCAUUUUCGCCAACAUGAGUAUUCAUACUUCGACUAUCUGCCUCCACCAAGCGGCGAUUUUCAAAGCCGAAAAGAACAAGAUGUCAAACCAGAUCACGACGGAAAGCAAGCGUAGAUGCCUCGUGGCCGCAAACCAGAUUUCGAGCAUCAUGAAGAUGAUCAGCCAUGUUGAUUUGACAAGCUUAAAUCCGUUCAUGUCAUUCUGCCUCUACAUUGCUGCUCGUGUUUUUGUGCAGUAUCUCAAAUCGCGGCCAGAGGACUCGAGUGUUCACUCCUCCCUACAAUUCCUCAUCUCCGCCUUGAAUGCCAUGAAGAUUCGAAAUCCUCUGACUGAGACGUUCCUUGUUCAGCUGGAUGUCGACCUCGAUGGAACUGGCAUUCGCGCUUUGGAUGACAGGCAGAUAACCUAUACGGUCGCACAUUCAAUGGCAAAACCCUACUGCGCCGAAAAUCGCGACUGUGUUCCCAUUUACAACGUUCGUGAAAGACAAGAAAAUGCGAGAGAUGAGUCUGUUCAAUACAGCGCGAACCGUGGUGGCAAUCAACAGCCCAUAGCAGGCGACUUGACGGCAUCUCUUCCUAGCCGUAACAGGGAGUCAAAUCCACAGACUGCCGGAUUAGCACCCUUCAAUAACGAUGACACAGCUCGUCUUUUUGGACCUUCCACUCAGGCGACAUGUCCAAGAAUGAACCAAUCCGCACAAACAGAUGGUAUAGUUGACAUGGAGAUGGGAUUCUCACCUGAUUUUGGCAACCUCAGCGACAGAAACAACCCACCAUCAGACCAUCCAACCCCUUCAACAUUGAAUUCGUCCUCCAACACCUCCUACUCGAUUACCGGUACAGACGACGUACCACCCGCAAACAAGCAACAAAAGACAAAUUCCAUGUAUACUAGUCAGGCGUCAGCCUCGUCUUUUGACAAGGUCAAUCCAAGCGAUAUGCCUCAACGAGCCCCAAGUUCGCACACAUCCGACAUGACUGCUGUGGGCAGUCGAUUCUAUCAGAACAACUCUGGUAGUCCGUCAAUCCCCCCGGAUGCGACAAACUUGUUUUCUAUACCAUCUGCCUGGGAUCUUCCGGCCUCAGAUUCAGAAACCCGCAAUGGGGAUUUCAGCAACUUGAACAUGGAGUCCUUCAGUGAAUCUCAAUGGUCACAGAUGUUGAACAAUCAGAUUUUGGGUGAAAAUGGGACUAAUACCGGCUGGGAAAACUGGCGACCAUCAUGA